AGUCAAUCACUCAGUGAUUACCGAUCAUUUUCAGAGGGAUGACCGAGAUUCCGAGACAAGCGAUGGUCUGAGACUCUUACCCUUGCUCGCACCACAAGGAAAGUAUACCGACAAGCUAGACGUGUCCACAUGCGCUGACUCACUGGGCCACGAUCACAUCGGACCAUUGAGAGUGUCGCACUCACAGUGCCCACUGACCAGUUGGCUCUAAAGUCCUAACGCCCCCUCUUCACUUCCCACUCUUGGCGCACGGGGAUUCUUAUACAGCCGGACUGAGAGCUGGUACACGUUCCAGGACAGCAUCAUUCUGGAUGCAUAUGGACGGCGCUGAGAACAGGCAUGGCUGGCCGGAUCUUCCACGCAAAUGAUCUCCCACCAACCGUCGUAACGGACGUGGGUGUGUGCGACUGCGCCUGACUGCGCUCGCAUUCGGCUCGCAUUCAAGCGGAGAAUUGGCGGCUGAAUGUCGAGGGAACGCGCGCCGGGCCGGCGUAAGUGGCGACGCGGUUUCGCAUGCUCCUGGGACGAGCCUUGCAUUGGCCAAGAGACUCGCAGAGUGUGCGAAUAAAGUAUGUAGCGAGCCCAAGCCGAGUUUUAUCUAUCAGCAGAUGUGACGUGUUUCAAGGCUGCGUUCAUUCAUUGCGACCUAAGGAUAGUUCGUGGUACCAUCUAUCUGACCGUGGGUUUUCGCUAUGUCACUUGAUCUUUA